GACCAGUCAUCAGAUACUGAUGGCAACACUCAGUGUCUAACCAGUUUUUAGAGUAAUGUAGAAACUGAUUAUUAAAACUGGGUGUCAACUGAAGAACAUAAUCAGUAUCUGACAAACCGUUAAAAAAACUGAGGACCAGUCAUCAGUUACUGAUGGCAACAUUCAGUGUCUAACCAGUUUUUAGAGUAAUGUAGAAACUGAUUAUUAAAACUGGGUGUCAACUGAAGAACAUAAUCAGUAUCUGACAAACCGUUAAAAAAAACUGAGGACCAGUCAUCAGUUACUGAUAGCAACACUCAGUGUCUAACCAGUUUUUUAGUGUAUUGUAGAAACUGAUUAUUAAAACUGGAAGUCAACUGAAAAGCAUUACCAGUAACUGAUUCUCGUAAUCAGUUACUGAUAGAAGGUCACAAGUUACUGAUUCAACUUCAUCAGUUGCUGGUGCACCUGCUCAGUUCUUUUUCUUAAGGGAUGCAGUCUUACGAUCCAUCGAAACCAUCCUCGUACCUGAUGUACUUUGAUGUCAAUAAUUUGUAUGGUUGGGCGAUGUGUCAACCACUACCAUAUGCAAAUUUUCGAUGGAUCGAAGAUAUUACGAAUUUCGACUUUAGCGCAAUCGCUGCGGACUCAUCGACAGGUUACAUUCUCGAGGUCGAUCUCGAGUAUCCACAGCAUCUUCACGACGCGCACAUUGACCUACCGUUCUGUCCGACGCGCGAUAAGCCACCCGGUAAGCGGCAGGAUAAACUUCUCGCGACAGUGUAUGAUAAGAAGCGUUCCGUCAUACACUAUCGCAACCUGCAACAGUGCACGUGUCAUGGGCUUCGCGUGACAAAGAUACACCGUGUAUUGGAGUUUUCGCAAUAUCCAUGGCUCCGCGAUUACAUCGAGCUUAAUACUCAUUGUCAGUUUAGAACACGUGCGACAAACGAUUUCGAAAAAAAUUUAUACAAAUUAAUGAACAACGCGGUAUUUGGCAAAACAAUGGAAAAUGUACGGAAUCAUGUCGACGUUAAACUUCUAACAAAGUGGGAUGGUCGUUACGGUGCGGAGGCGAAACCAAAUUUUCAUAGUCGCAGCAUCUUUUCAGAAAAUUUAAUCGCCGUAGAAUUGCGAAAAAUCGAAGUGAAAUUCAACAAGCCAAUCUACGUGGGUAUGUGCAUCCUGGACAUAUCCAAGAUCUGCUUGUAUGAAUUUCACCAUGAAUACAUGCUGCCCCUGUACAGUGACAAGUGUAGAAUCAUGUAUACUGAUACCGACAGUCUCAUAUACCACGUCAAGUGCGAGAAUGUAUAUGAGACUGUGAAACGCGAUAUACACAGAUUCGACACGAGCGAUUAUCCGGUUGACAACGCGUAUGGCAUAUCGCUUAUAAAUAAGAAAGUGCCCGGUCUAAUGAUGGACGAAAACAAUG